AUGGCGAAGAAAGGAAAAACACCACCAAAAACCGAACCUGCGGUGAAGGAUUCGAAAAAGGUUAAGAAGACAUCUCCACCGGAGCCGGAGCCAGCGAAGCCUAAGACCGGUAGAGACGUGGUGGCCUCAGGCCAGACGUGGACUGGAAAACUUCCGGGUUCGCUUCUUCAUGAGCAUUGUCAAAAACAAAGAUGGGAAAAAGUGACUUAUGAUAUGCGUCAUGACAAAAGUGGAUAUCUCGGGAUUGUGAACCUUGCUUGGAAGAACCCGAAAACCCAAGAAGUAAUCACAGUCCAGAUGGUUCCGCCGCGCCAAAUGGUCAAACCACAAGAGACAAGCUUGGAAGCAAGGCAUUUUGCAGCUACGUACGCUCUUCACAGAAUUGCCUUUGAAAAGAACCUCUCGAUGGUCUUACCCACCAACCAUAAACAUUUGUGGUCUGAUCUCGAAAAGGAACGCAAGAAGCUGUUGAGAGAUAGCCCAGACAGGGCCAGGCUGAUGUAUACGCCCGAUCCGUUUGGAGCUAUUCUGGAGCAACGCAAGGAAGAGGAAAGGAAACGCAAGGAAGAAGCCGCCUCAUUGGCCAAUGCAGAGAAGGCUCGAAAGCCAACUAUCUCCAUCGUCAAAGCUACAUUGGAUGUGAAACAAACAUCGGUUAAGAGGAAUAACAAGUUCAUCAAUGACAAGAUUUCGUUUCCGAGAAAGGCUUGGGCUUCUGCUCCGUUUAUUGAUCUGAAGCCCCAGACGAGGGAGCUAAUUGAAUUUUCCAUCAAACACCACAUCAAUUGGACACAGGAUGUUUCCUCGAAGAGGGACACGUCGUAUACAGAAUUUCUACUUCAGCUUGGGUUCCGUAAGCCGCAUGUCGAGGAAAGUAUCAAGUAUACCCACACGUUUGUUGAUUCGUUGGAGUGGUUGAUUUUCCAUAUUCCAGAUGACGAUCUUCCCGGGGUGUUUGCAAAAGGCGAUAAAGACUCUGCCGUCGCGGUUACUCUUUCCAAAGAUAUAAAAAGAAGCAAUAUGGCAAGACGACUUGCUGACGGAGGUUUCAGCAAGUCCGAAGUUGAAUUUGCAUUGGAUAGAUUUGAAGACGAUGAAGCCAAGGCCGCAGUAUAUUUGUCCAAGUCUCUAUUGAGUCUUGAUGAAAUGAGUUUGGGAGAAAUAGAUGCGGAAGAGUCUGCUCAGUUGUUCAAAGACGAGAUAGAAGGACUCCAUGUAAUCUAUGAGCAGAAGUUCAAUGUUUUGAGCGAUUCUAUCGUGGAAAUCAACAUAGAGCCUCAGGGUUUGGCCCCAAACCUGUUGGCUCUGAAAGUCUUCAAGUCAACUGACUAUCCGCUUUCGCUUCCAGGAAUGGCAUUGGUGGUCAAGAACCAGUCAUACAGCCUGGCUAGUUACAUCAAGCUCUCGGCUAUCAAGCAUCUUCAGGCAUAUGCCCUAGAAAACCGGCUAGUUGGUGAUUGCAUGAUCUGGCCGUUGGUUGAGUGGAUAGAGGAAAAUCUUCAUGGACUAAUUGAAAAUCCAGGUCCCCUUUUCAAUCCCCGUUUGAACCCCAAGAGUGAACCGGGCUCCUCUCAAGACGAAAAAACAUCCAAUGCCAGCAGCAAGAAAAGAUCCAGAUCUCGCAGGUUGAACGAACCUGAAAUCAAGAAGAGGUAUUUGGAAAGACAGUGCUCAGAAAAACUGAAAGUAUCUCUCAAAGGAAGGGCGUCGUUGCCUGCUUGGAGCAAGCAAGAAGAUCUGGUAUCCAUGAUCACCACCAACAGGGUAUCCUUGGUUACUGGUGAGACCGGCUCUGGUAAAUCCACCCAGAUCGUCCAAUUUCUGCUUGAUCAUCUCAGUUCAGAAGGAGACUUCAAGUCCAAAAUCGUCUGCACACAGCCCAGACGUAUAUCAGCCCUGGGUCUGGCCGACCGUGUUUCUGAGGAAAGGUGCGAGGAAUGUGGCCAAGAAACAGGCUAUAUCAUCAGAGGUGAGAAUAAGACUGGUCCCACAACUCGUCUGACAUUCGUCACCACUGGUGUUCUGUUGAGAAUGGUCCAGGGUGUUGUUGACGAGGAUACAGAUGCCAGCGUAUUUUCGGACCUCUCGUAUAUCUUCAUAGACGAGGUCCACGAGCGCUCUGUGGAUAGUGACCUGUUGUUGAUCAUUCUCAAGACGAUGCUUCCUAAGUACCCCAAACUCAAAGUGGUGUUGAUGUCUGCCACUAUUGAAUCGUCCACCUUUGAUAACUACUUCGGUGGAAAAGUGCCACAUUCACAUAUCAAGGGCCGCACAUUCCCAAUCGAGGACAUGUAUCUGGAGGACAUCAUUCCUCAAAUCGGGUUCACCAUCAAGUCGUUCAAAGACGACGGUGAGAUCAUUACCCCGGGCCCAGAAUCCAAGUUUUUCCAGCUGGGAAAUAUCAACUACGAUCUGAUCGGGCAAUUGGUGGGUUUUGUGGAUCAACAACUGAAAACCAAGGGUAAUAAUGGCUCGAUUCUUAUCUUCCUUCCUGGUGUCAUGGAGAUCACCAGAUGCAUUCGCACGAUCGAGCAGUCAUUCACCGGGAACUGCAAAGUGCUUCCUCUUCAUUCGGCACUUAGUUCCAAAGACCAGAAACGAAUUUUUGUAACUCCUCCAAAAGGUGUCAGGAAGAUUGUGGUUUCCACCAACGUUGCCGAGACCUCCAUCACGAUCCCGGAUGUCGUAGUCGUGAUUGACAGCGGAAGAGCCAAGUCUAUGAUGUACGACCCCAAGAUGAACUCUACAAAGCUCCUGGAGAGUUGGUGUUCUAGAGCUGAGGUCAACCAGAGAAGAGGAAGAGCCGGCCGUGUGACCAGUGGUAUGUGCUAUAGGUUGUUCACUAAGAAGACCAUGAGCGAGCAGAUGCUUGCCCAGCCCAUUCCGGAGAUCAAAAGGACGAGACUGGAGAACGUUUAUCUUGUUGUGAAGGCCAUUGGAAUAAAAAAUGUUUCGAGAUUCCUGGCUGAAGGUUUAGACCCACCAGCUGAGACUACAGUUGCUAAAGCAGCCGAGUAUCUCUCCGAGAUUGGUGCUCUUCACAACUCUGAAUUGACAAAUCUCGGAAGAUAUUUGUCCAUUCUUCCCACAGACCUGAAAUCGGGGAAACUGUUGAUUUUUGGCACUUUAUUUGGUGCUCUGGAGACCUGUCUCACCAUAGCUGCCAUUUCUGUAAGUGGAAACCCGUUCAUCACCAGAGUUGAUACCCGGGACGAAGUCAAAAACGUCCAGACCCGCUUCAGUAUGGGAAAGGGAGAUCUCAUGGCUGUUGUGAAUGCCCUUGAUGAAUACGCAAAGUUGGGUGACGCCUCAUAUAGGAAAAAGUCACAAUGGCUGGAUGAAAACUUUCUUUCCCAGAUCAAGAUCCGUGAGCUUCUUUCAACGAAAUCACAGUAUCUUUCCACUCUUAAAGAUCUGGGGUUUGUUCCUUUGGACUAUGGUUCAGGCUCAAAGAGUUUCAAGUAUCUGAACCGUGCAAAUUCCAACUACAGGAUCAUCAAGGCCAUCAUCACUUCAGCAGCUUAUCCCGACAUUGCAAGGGUCCAGCUUCCAGAUCCCAAGUUCACCACCAGUGCCUCUGGUGCCGUGGCGACUGAUCCAGACGCCAAACAAAUCAAAUUAUGGAUCAGAAAUGAGGAAUAUAUGGACUAUCUGCGGAAGGAAGGCACAGCGAUCUCCAAGGAGAAAGACGAAAAGCCGUAUCCCAGCAACAGGGCAUUCAUCCACCCCUCGUCUUCUCUUUUCACCAAGAACGAGAAGGACAUUCAGGAAAUUCGCAUUGACGAGUCUGGUAAUUACGACUUAAAGCCCAAAGUUGGGUCAAAAUUGGCACCAACAGCAAAGAUCUCGUUUCUUUCGUUUGGAUCUGCUUCCGAAACCAGCAAGCUGUAUCUUCGUGACAUCACGCCCUCUUCCAUUCUGUCGGUACUACUCUUUGGUGGUGAAAUUUCCUAUGAUCUCAGGCAGGCCAUUUCUGGAAACGCAUCUCCAGGUAUCGUUCUUGAUGGCUGGCUGCCGGUUCGAACCUGGUGCAAAAAUGCAGUUCUCAUCAAGCAUUUGAGAUCUCUCUUAGAUGAAGUCAUUAGGCAGAAGCUUUCGAAUCCUCAUUAUCAAGAUGGCAAGGACAGCAGUGUUGGAGAUGAUGUUUUGGAAGCAGUUGAACAAAUUCUGAAUGUUGAAGUUGAUUAG